UGAUUGGACACCAAGAAGAAUGUCUCCCUCAUCUGCAGGGGGACAGUUUCACUUCAGAGGAUCCACAGCCCUCACAUUUGAAAGAGGAAGAGGAGGGAGAGUGUUUUGUAGGGCAGGAGGAGGAUGAUGUCAGCAAGUUUCCACUGACUGUUGUCUCUGUGAAGACUGAAGAGCAUGAAGACAAAGCACCUGAGUCCUCACAGCUUCAUCACAGUCCAAACGUCCAGCGGGUGUCAGCGGGGAGUCAAGAAGAGAUUCCCUCCAAGCAGCAGGAGUGGAGCUCCAGUGUGGGACAGAAGGAGCUGGAGCCCCCACACAUUAAAGAGGAAGAGGAGGAACUGUGGGAGCAGCUUCAAAGGUUGGUGGAGGCUAACGAUGAAGAUGAAGCUCAGUCUUUCCAGCUUCAUCACAGUCAAAGUGAGGAGAACAGAGGGGCGGAGCUUGUAAGUCAACACAUCACAGAAGCUGAUGGAGAGCAUUGUGAAGAUAUCAAGUCAGAACCAGACAGCAUCUUUGCUCAACUGUCAGACAUGGACCACAUGAUGUCACACUCUUCUGAUCACAGUGACCACAUCCAAAAACCUUUGGAGAGUAAAAAUGACUCUAAAGGUGAUACGAGACAUCACACUAACAACAAACACUUUGACUGCUCUGAAUGUGGGAAAUCAUUUAGAUGGAAGAGGGAUUGUACAAGACACAUAAGAACACAUACUGGAGAGAAACCUUUUACUUGCUCUGUUUGUAGGAAGAUUUUCUCCAGAAAGCCACACAUGACCAGACACAUGAGAACACACACUGGGGAGAAACCUUUUACUUGCUCUGUUUGUAAGAAGAGUUUCUCCAGAAAGGGUGACAUGACCACACACAUGAGAACACACACUGGAGAGAAACCUUUUGCUUGCUCAGCUUGUGCUAAAAGAUUCAACACUAAGAAGGAAAUGAUAUUGCACAUGAGAACACACACAGGUGAGAAACCUUUUACUUGCUCUUUUUGUAAGAAGAGUUUCUCCACAAAUCAAAGCAUGACUAGACACAUGAGAACACACACUGGAGAGAAACCUUUUGCUUGCUCAGCUUAUGCUAAAAGAUUCAACACUAAGAAUGAAAUGGCGACACACAUGAGAAUACACACAGGUGAGAAACAUUUUACUUGCUCUGUUUGUAACAAGAGUUUCUCCAGAAAGGAACACAUGACCAUACACAUGAGAACACACACUGGAGAGAAACCGUUUGCUUGCUCAGUUUGUGCUAAAACAUUCAACACUAUGAAGGAAAUUGUAUUGCACAGGAGAACACACACUGAAGAGAAACCUUUUGCUUGCUCAGCUUGUGCUAAAAGAUUCAACACUAAGAAUGACAUGACAUUACACAUGAGAACACACACAGGUGGGAAACCUUUUACUUGCUCUGUUUGUAAGAAUAGUUUCUCCAGAAAGGAACACAUGACCAUACACAUGAGAACACACACUGGAGAGAAACCUUUUGCUUGCUCAGCUUGUGCUAAAAGAUUCAACACUAAGAAGGAAAUGAUAUUGCACAUGAGAACACACACAGGUGAGAAACCUUUUACUUGCUCUGUUUGUAAGAAGAGUUUCUCCACAAAGCUUAACAUGACCACACACAUGAGAACACACACUGGAGAGAAACCUUUUUCUUGCUCAGCUUGUGCUAAAAGAUUCAAUACUAAGAAGGAAAUGAUAUUGCACAUGAGAACACACACAGGUGAGAAACCUUUUACUUGCUCUGUUUGUAAGAAGAGUUUCUCCAGCAAGCAACUCAUGACCAGACACAUGAGAACACACACUGGAGAGAAACCUUUUGCUUGCUCAGCUUGUGCUAAAAGAUUCAACACUAAGAAGAAAAUUAUAUUGCACAUUAGAACACACACAGGUGAGAAACCUUUUACUUGCUCUGUUUGUAAGAAAAGUUUCUCCAGAAAGCGUGACAUGGCCACACACAUGAGAACACACACUGGAGAGAAACCGUUUAGUUGCACUGUGUGUGAUAAGAUGUUCAGGUAUAAGUAUCAGGUCAGUAGACACGAGUGUGUAACAGUCAUGGAAGCUGCAGGGAUGUAAAAACACUUAAACAGUGAUUGUGCUAAAUGUAGUUUAAAAACACAGCAUGUUUAAUAAGAAUGUAUAUUUGAUGUUGUAUGUAGUGCUUCUCAUCUUCUAGUCUUAUAUGUUGUCCUGUACUUACUUUUUAAGUUGUGUGCAUGUAUUGAAUAUUAUAUUUGUAGCUACUAUUUUUUCUCAUCUUUGAAGAGAGGACAUCUUAUUAUUUUCUUUGUUUUUUUUCCACACAUUUUUCCAUUUCAUUUUAUUGAUG